AUGCCGGGAAACCCGAGCGAGCGUGUCACUGUGGGCAUCGUGUGUGCCCUAGUGGUCCAUCACGGUUCCUACCUUCAGUACAGGUCCCUUGCUCGGGCCAAGGAGUGUGCGUUCGUAACCGCCUAUAUCAAAGGCCUAGAGAAGGCUCAUCUAGAGGUCUACAGGGCCCAGUAA